GCCCUUAUAAUUAAGGUCACCUGCCGCCCCUCUGAAGUCAGCUCGCCGUCGCCGUUGACGGCGCCGCGGCUGCCCUCACUCGGUCGGAUGCGCAGCCAUUACUCGAUACCGACGCGUCGCUGUGCCUUCAGCGGCGCGUCGAUUUCUUUCCAUGGAGGACAAGGCGCCUCAAUACGGAAGCGGUGUGUUCCGGUCGCCGCAGCCGCCGCCUCGCAAUUCCCAUCGGCUUCAACGUCGUCGCAAGACCCGGCAGAUGUCCCAGAGCUAGUGUCCUGGGUGCAUCAACGCAACGGAUUGGUUCAUGGAGCGACUUUGGCGAACCUCGCUGGACGUGACGGCGCCGCAGGAUGGGGCCUGAAGGCAUCGCAAGAUGUAGAGAAGGGACAUCGCCUUAUUCUCCUGCCUCCUUCACUCCAUCUGACCUAUGGUCCGCAAGAUGAUCCGCGGCUUCUAUCGCUCAUCGACAAGGUUCCUAAGGAUCUUCGAGGCGCCAAGCUUGCUUUACAACUCCUUGCACAACGCGUUCGUGGUUCGGACUCUCCCUUCGCCGAGUACAUCGCUCAUCUUCCCAAGGGCGUCUCCGGCAUCCCAAUGUUCUUCAGCAAGCGAGCCAUCCAGCUCAUCGACUAUCCUCCUGUUUCUGAACAAGUAAAGAAGCGCUGCAAAUGGCUUUACGACUUCAGCCAGCAGGUCUUGUCGAAAUUGCCGGGCACGCCUGAGGACCCUUUUGGUGGCGUGCCUAUUGACAUUAACGCGUUAGGUUGGGCGAUGGCCUGCGUCACCUCCCGCGCCUUCCGCACCCGCGGUCCUGCACAACCGUCAGCCAUGCUCCCACUCAUCGACAUGGCGAACCACUCCUUCGAGCCAAACGCUGAGGUGCUUCCUAUCAGUGGCGGGGCUCUCGGCCUCUUUGCUAAACGCAAGAUCGCUGCUAUGGAGCCGCUGCUGCUCUCGUACGGCAACCUCGGCAACGACUUUCUCUUCAUGGAUUAUGGAUUCAUCGUGCCGGACAAUCCGUACGACUCGGUGCAGCUACGGUUCGACAUCGGGCUGCUGCAGGCCGGUUGCGUGAUCACCAACGUCACCGACUCCCAAGGCGCUCCCCUGGACCUCUCCCCCACACCCUGGCGGCUUGCGGCUCUCUCCGAGUUGCGUCUCCACGGCCCCGACGCCAACCUCGAGCUCACCUUGGGUGCUCAACAACGACGUACCAACAACAACCCUGCCAGUGCCGGUGUCGCUAGCGAUGAUUUCACCAAGAAGGGGGAGCAGCAACAUACGGAGGAGUUGCUUGAUGGUCGGCUGCUGGCUGCAGCACGCAUCAUGGUGGCAAAGCACGAGGGCGAGGUGGCGGGUCGCAGUGCGGAUCGGUUGUGUGCGGUGGAUAAGCCGCUGAGUCGGGAGAACGAGCUGGCUGCGUUGCGUGUUGUGGCGGGUGUGGUAGCGGUGGCCUUGUCGAAUUUUGGUACGACAUUGGAUCAAGAUUUGGCGUUGUUGGAUGGCCGGGUGCCAGAGGUUGCUGAUGCGGAAGGCGCAAGCGCUGAGUCGUUGACUGGGCAGCAGGGGUUGCUUGAGCCGUUGACGAGUGAGGAUGAGGUGCUUGCGGUUCGCUUCC